UUAAACGCCACUCCGCCGGUAGGCCCCGUCGCGAGCGGAUGUCUAUCGCGUCGCGUUCUCAAUUUUUUAUUGUCGUAACAAAUCACGCGUGAAUAUAAACUAUAAUUAAUUUUUAAGUGUUAUAAGUGACUUUACAUAAGGAAAAUAAGUGUUUCAUGUGUGGAUUUCUGAUAUGGAUUAAAAAGUUUGAAGAUUUAUUACACUUUGGGCAUUUUGUUUUUGGAAAUCUUGACCAAUGAUGGGUGUUAGUUGCAUGAACGUGCGGCAGGCUAGGGGAGGUUGUCACUGCCCCGCGUGCCCUAGGGCUUCGGCCCAUGGGGCUUCAAUGCCGCCACAGACCCUAGUUUUGCCCCCAAUGGCUUUGGAACCGGAAACGACCCCUGUUAAGGACAAAAAGGGAUCCAAAAUGAAGGUGCUGAAAAAAAUUAAAAAGAAAAUUGGUUUAGCGCCCCGCACGUCGUGCACGGGCGGCGCGCCCAACAACCUGCCGCCGCUCAGCUUCCACGCCGUGCACGGCGAGAACGUGCGCGUGUCGCGCGACGGCGCCACGGCGCGCCGCGUCGAGUCCUUCUGCAAGGGCGUGGCCUUCAGCGCGCGCCCCGUGCGCGUCAACGAGAAGGUGUGCCUCCGUUUCGUGGAAAUUUCCAACAGCUGGAGCGGCGUCAUCCGCUUCGGCUUCACCACCCACGACCCUACGAGCCUCGCCCACGCGCUCCCCAAGUACGCCUGCCCCGACCUCACCAACAAACCCGGGAACUGGGCCAAAGCACUCGGCGAGAGAUUCUGCGAGAAAGACAAUAUCCUCUACUAUUAUGUCAAUUCAGCCGGCGAUGUCCACUUCGGCAUCAACGGGGAAGACAAAGGCUUGUUCUUCACCGGAGUGGACACCCGCAGCCCCAUAUGGGCGCUAGUGGACGUUUAUGGCAACUGCACGGCGGUACAAUUCGCUGACCCGAGAGCCCCGAACCAAGUCAGACGAUGCACGCAAAGCCCUGUCGCAGAAGAAGACAGAUUAGUCGGUGGAAUGAGGUCCUUAUGCGUCGAAGAUCCCCUACCACCACCCAGAUAUCAGAACCCUUUAGUACCCCUAAGCUUACACAGAACUAGAGGUCGCAACGUGAACUUUGUUAACGAGAGAGGUGUAGCAUCCAGAGCGGAAGCGGAAUUCUGUCAAGGAUACGUGUUCACAGCUCGCCCGAUGCGGCCGGGACAGACCAUCGUCGUCCAGAUCUUAUCCACGGAAACCGCAUACGCGGGUAGUUUAGCUAUCGGCUUAACGUCGUGCGAUCCAGCCACGUUAAGGCAGUGCGAUUUGCCUGACGAUGCAGAACAAUUGCUGGACCGACCGGAAUACUGGGUGGUUAGACGAGACGCUGCGAAUGGAUUGAGGAGGGGAGAUGAACUGGCUGUGACUUUGACGCUGGAUGGGGAAGUGCGUGUGAGCAGAAACGGGUCGAACCCGAUCACAGUGAUGCACGUGGAUCAUACGUUGAGGCUGUGGGCGUUUGUGGAUAUCUAUGGUGCUACUCAGAAGGUGCGGAUGCUGAGCUCUCAAGCGCUUCAAGCGCAGACCCCUCCUCAGCAGUUGCGGGUGCUGGCCAGUUCUGCAGCGCCGCUAGCCGCUGGAGGAGGCGGAACGGUGCUGGUGGUGAGCCUGCCUCCGCAAGGCGCGCAGCAGAACACGGCACAUCAACAAGGAUUGACUUUGGCGAGCGCGCACUAUAUUGAGCCAAUCCAGGCGUCGUCACAAAUCUGCCUGACCGGUCUCCAGCAGCUACCUCCUCAGCCAGUCUCCUGUCCAGCGCAGGCCUACCGCAGGCCCGACCACUGUCCCUCCUCCAGCCAAAACUCCUGCAACGAGCAGCUCACCCUGCCCAACGGACACGCUGAGCCCAACCAACAACCCUUGAGGGAACCCUUGAGGCUGGAGAGGAUCCCCAACAACCCAUCCACCAGCCGACCCAUCCCAUCCACAUCCCAUCACAACCAACCCAUCUACACCGUCAUCGGGGAAGGGACAACUACGAACCUCACCGGUACAGAAUGCACCAUAUGUUAUGAGAACCCCAUAGACAGUGUGUUGUAUAUGUGUGGACACAUGUGCAUGUGCUAUAGAUGUGCAGUCCAACAGUGGAGGGGGAAGGGGGGCGGCCAGUGCCCCCUGUGCAGGGCACAGAUUAAAGAUGUCAUCCGUACUUAUAAGUCCUGAGAUGUGGUCCAAAAUAGUGGGUUUCGCGCGGUUCUUGUGCUGUCAAAGUUGACAUUGACGUUUUAAGUGUCGUUCAGAAAUAAGUUUUCAAGUUGGGAAUGAUGAGAAUAACGCAAUUUUUGAGCAAUCGCUGUCAAAGCUGACACUAACAUUCAAAAUUUCAAUAGUUUCGUGGAGAAAUUUUGUUCUUCGUUCUUGUUUGGUGACUUUAAGACCAGCACAAUGCACUUUGCAAAUGUCAAUUACCCAGGAAUUAUGUUUAUAAAUUGGUAAUACUGGGUUUCGCGCAAUUGUUGAGCUGUCACUGUCAAAGUUGACACUGACGUUUAAGAUGACGUUUAAAAAUUGAAUGGGUGAAUGAAUUAUGGUGGAUUCUUGAGCUGUCAGUUUUGAUUUUGAGAGUGACAGUCGACAAUUUUCUGGUUAAUAUACACGUUUGUUCAUAUUCUGUAAUUCGGUGUAACUUUGACAGUCAACUGAAAAAAAAAAAUACUCUAAGUGUCAAUAUCAAUUUUGACAGUGACAACCUGCAUCGUUCAGAAGUUGCGAACUAUCCAAAUCGUUACAACUUAAUAGAUUAAGAUUAUUAAUAUGCCAAAAAUACGUUCUUAAACACGGAAUUUGACGUAAAAUAGUAAUAUAAUUUAAAUAGAAGUCCCAAAAUGUAAAUAACUUAAUAAUAAAUAGUUUACUUUAACCGUUUAGUUAACUUUAAUUUAAUUAAACUGUACAAAAGGCUCCACCAUUUAAUUUAGUUUUGACAGUAAUGUAAACGGAUAAAGAUGGUUGCAUACUACAGUACGCGCCGCGAGCAACGCAUUUUUCAUUAUCAUCAUCCUGCCUAUUUCGCAAAAUGUACCUAUUUGAAAAAAAAAAAAAAAUUUAAACCUUAAAGUCAAAACACUCUCAUAAAAAGCCCUAGUCUAUAAAAAAACAAACGGAUUUUUUGAAAAUUCGUUGCAAUGCAGCGUGCAGUGUAGUAUGUUUCCAGCAUAAUUUGGGCUGUUUGACACAAUAAAUGUAGGACUUUUAGCAACAAUAAUUGUGUAUUGCAACAUAUUUUAUGUUUAAUAUAUAAUAACAAUGUACUAAUUAUACUAAGCGUAGUUUGACAGUUAUUGUAACCGAAAAUUGUCCUGAUUUUAAUGUUAAAUUACGAAAUGACAUUUUUACUGUGUGAUUUUCUGAUUUAUCUCCUAAUUGUAGUAUUUACAGAAAAAAUGUAAUUUUUCUAUAUCGGGAAAUGAAUAAAUGACUAAAGUAUUAUAAUCAAAGGACAUUUACGUAUCAAAAUAAUAAUUUUGUUUAUAUUGUGUCUCGAGGGGAAAUUUUCAAGUUGACAAAAUUCUUCACUAAAGUUGGUUGUAAUCUGUCAAUUUUGAAUAUCUUCAGAGCUUUUAAGUGUCCCACUUAGGGGUGUUUAUUAUUUAUAUUUUAUGAGUUUAAAAAAAAAACUAAAUUUAUGUUUUUAAGUUGAAAUAACACGACAUUAGAACUGGAUUAAAUCUGUCAAUUUGUGGGUUAGCUGAAAGACUUGAUUUGACCAUUCUCUUAUUUUUUUCAAUUAAAGGCUACCUUUGUAUUAAAGUUGACAAAUCGCUUCGAAUUUGACAGAUAUGCGCCAACAUUUUUGAUGGAUUCUAAACAAAAUUUACACUCGAGGUUCUUGAUUUUGACGUUUUAUUUAUCUGUAAAAAAUUGUACGUGAUUUUGACAGAAAGUGUAAAAGACGCGAGGCUAUAGAUAGCAAUAGGGUUCCUAAGAUUAGGUACCUGUACUGUAGAAAUAUUAUAUUAUAGCCUGUAGGAUGGAUCACAAGGUUUUUCCCCACUUCUGGUAUUUUGAAGACGUCUGUCUAUGCAUUUCAAUCAAGGGCUUCAUACUUGUGAUGUCAAAUUUUUAAAUAAAAUCGAGUUUUCUUCAUUGUUCUAUUUUUUUACAUAUUUCGUAUAUUUUUGUUUAAUUUUUCUUAAGAAAUAGAAAUGUUACGAAUUGAUAAGACAUAAUAUAGUCUUUCAAAAUUAAAUUUACAGUUUCGUUUUUCAUUCGACAGUCUUAUAUCUUGCGAGCCAUCCUAUAUGUAUAUAAAAUUAGGCUGCAAAACAAUAUGUACGUCCACUUAAAGAAUUAAUUAUUAUUCGGUGAUAGUUUAUAAUGCAUUUAAUAUUAAUUUAUUGUAUUUUUUUUUCUUUGACGUGAAGUGUGACCAACGACGUAAAAAAAAGUAAUUUUAAAAUGUUAAAAACAUUUAGUUUGUAUAUUAUGUAUCUCUUUUAUAAUAGGUACAUAGAAAAUCCCUAAGUCUUAAACGUACUGGUACGUUAAAAAGCGUUCCAAAACGACGCUAGAAACAAAAAUAUAUAAAUACAUUAUAUAUGAGUAAAUUCUUGUUUCUCAUACUUCACUAUGUUACCAGACAGUGGGAGUUCCUAUCAAAUGUCUUUUUUACGAUUCACCCUUCAAAUGUAUAACAUAAUAUAAAUUAUAAACUUAUAGUAUCUUAUGGACUGUGCGAAUUACAUUUUUGAUCAAAAACUAUUGAUUUUUAAGCCUUAAAGAAAAAGGAUUUCAAUUUUUGUAUUUUAAUGUAUUUUUUGUCUUUAAAAAAUGUCUAUAAAUUUUCUCUAGUCUGAAAUUUAUCUUUUUUUAAUCGAAUCAAUGAAAUUUUAUGAAAUUAUUUUUUUAAACUAUAAAAAUCAAAAAGGAGAAUAAAUAUUUCAUAUAAUACUUACAGUUUUUGCCUAUAUAAAAAUGAUGCAAUAUUUUGGAAAAAGAUCGGAUACUUAGUGAGAUUCGGCCCGUAGUUGACGCGCUAUGGCGCUGUGUUGCCACGACUAAAUAUCUUGCAUCGAAAUAAAAUAUUUUUUUAGAUAAAAUAUAUAUACUUAAUCAGAUUUUUACAUUAUAUCCAAUACAUAGGGGAUAAUUAUAUUUUUUAUUGCAUCAUUUUAUGAAAGGCAAGAACAUAAUAAUUGUUUAUUUUUAUUUUAUUUCCUAUACCGAUUUUUUUAAAUAACAAUUUUCAUGGAUAUUUGAAAAAAAUUUUUGUAAGUGUUAGUUUCUUUGUAGCAAUUUUUUUAUCUAUUAAUUUGAAGCAAUUUGAAAUUUGUACGUAUUUAGUAACUCGCUCAGUCUAUACUAUAAACACAAUAAUUGUAACCUAUUUAUCCUAGUAACCAAUUUUGAAUUUAAGGUAUUAAUGUACUCAACUCAAUUCCUUAUAAUUGCUCAACAUUUCUUUCUAUCUAGUUUCUAGACCUUAUAGAUAUGCAUAUCAGUUUACUCUUACAUAUCUCGGCGCUGGGGCACGACUUUGUCAUUGACAAACUUUAAAGGACGUGUUCCUUAAAAGCCUCAUAGAUGGCGCUGUUCAUAACAUUCCAAGGAAAGUCGUGGAUUUUUUUAAAUUGGACUUUAGAAACUUGAAACACAGCGGAAAAUGUCACUUGUUGUUUGGAAAACCUCACCCGAUAUUAGAUUUUACCUGGUUUUGAUAUUAGAUGUAUUGAUAAAAUAGAAAUAAUAUAAAAAAAUUCAGAGGGCGCUAACCAUUUUACGUCACCAACCAAUCACAAACGAAACUAUGUUUUCGAAUUGAAUUUCGAAUAUUUUUUGAAAACAUGUUUGCGAUUGGUUGGUGGCUCAAAAUGGUUAGCGCCUACUGAAAUUUUUGUCUGUCAUUUUAAUGAUAUUACGUAACAGAGAGCGAUAUAAACUUCUUUCCACGGAGAUGGAGCAUAGAUGGUAUCCGUGACUUCGUUUCGCUUGGAUUUAGGUUCUUAAAACUCCGUAGGCACUUUAAUUUUUCCGAAUAAAAAACAGCAUCCUUUUGCUGCCGCCUUGGAAUGAACAGCGCCAUCUAUGAGGGGUUUUUAAGGAACACGCCCUGGAAAGUGCUUCAUUGAGCGACAAUUUUGACUGUUGUGGCUCCGCUUAUACGAUUAGGUCGUGGCCCAAUGGUUAAUAUUAAAAUUGCAUUUUUCUAUUUUAAUCAUUCCUUUUUAGAAGAUUUUUAAGAUGAUUAGUGAUUACCAAUUUUUUGUACCAAACUUUUGCAGCCAGUUUCGUAUUGUACUUUGUUUAUUAUUAAUUAUUUAAUUGUUAAUUUUAAGCAUCUGUAUUAUUUGUAAUCUGUAGGAUUCUUAAUUUAAAAAAUAAUUAUAUUUACUCAAUCGAGGUAACUUUGAAAGUUAAGUAAUGCACAACACUUAUUUUAAUUAUUUAUAAUGGUAUCAAAACUAAAUGAUUAGAACAUAAAAUUGAGGUCAAUUCUGAUGUCCUUUUCUAAACUAAAUUAAACUAAAUUUAGAGUAUCGGCAUCUUUUUCUUUUUAAUAUUGCGAAAAAAGGACGGAAAAUGAAUUUUUAAUCAAGUCUAUGAUCAUAGCAAAGUUGCCUCGAUUAAGUUAAUAUGUGUAGUUUAAAAUGUAUUUAUUUAAUUAUCUAUAGUUUUAAGCCCUUUUUUAUAACGGCUCUGGUUUGUAACCUUUGAGCACUUUUAUACCAAAACAGUGUGACCAGUUUAUUAUUAAAUUAAAGCGACGAUGUUUAAAAACCAAAAUCAUUAAUUCUUUUUAAAAAAACUGACUUCAAAAGUAUGAAAUAUGUCAUUUUUUAUGUACGUAGGUUUUGGUCAGUUUUUUUAAAAUGAACUUUUGUAUUUAUUUUGAGUGUAUCAAAAUUUUUUGAUUUGUGAUAAUUUUAUGUUUUACGUAUUGAUUAUUUUUUUAUUUGUUUUCAUUUGGUCUGCGUAUAUCGUUGUCAUCUAGUCGUUAAUUUAUUUUUGAUUUAAUACACUUUGAUUUAAAUAAGAAGGGAGUUUAGAUAAGUUUUGAAUUAAAAUGGUUAUUAUCGAAA